AUGAGGCACACAAAUAGUGAAACUAAUAACGAAGAAGCGAAUUUGGGAAUGUUAACAGUUUAUAUGGAAGAAAAAGAGAAGACAUAUUCAGAUAAGUUUCUCAGAGACGUGGCAUUUAGCUUUUUGGCGGCGACAAGGGACACCUUGACCGCUGGACUGUGUUGGUUCUUUUGGCUUGUGGCGACUCACCCUGAAAUUGAGAUCGAAAUUCUUGAAGAAAUGAAUGAGAAGUUGGCAGGUAAUUUAAACUGUUACAAAAAUGAGGCUUUGAGUAAGUUGGUGUAUCUACAAGCAGCAAUAUAUGAAACAUUUCGACUCUAUCCAUCAGUGCCUUUCAACCAUAGAACUCCAACUAAAGCAGACAUUUUUCCAAGUGGUCACCAUGUAAAGCCAAAGCAAAUGCUGUUGAUAUCUGUUUACUCAACAGGGAGAAUGGAAGAGGUUUGGGGAAAAGACUGUUUGGAGUUCAAGCCAGAGAGAUGGAUUUCAGAGCAAGGAGAGUUUGUUUAUGUACCGUCUCACAAGUUUCCAGCCUUUCACAUUGGACCAAGGACUUGUUUGGGUAAGGACAUGGCUUUGAUUCAGAUGAAAGUCAUGGCCCUCACUAUUCUUAAAAAUUACCAUUUUCAUGCUGUGGAAGGACAUCCAGUAUGUCCUAAUUUAACCAUCACCAUUAACAUGAAAUCUGGACUCAAAAUGAGGAUUUCUAAAAGAUCUUGA